AUGUUCCUAUUAAUCAACCGUUGUUUCAUAUCUAUCCUUCAUUUGUUCAUAUCUAUCUAUCUAUCUAUCUAUCUAUCUAUGCAUUUCUCUCUCUCUCUCUUUCUAUCUAUCUAUCUAUACAUUUCUCUCUCUCUCUCUCUAUCUAUCUAUCUAUCUAUGCAUUUCUCUCUCUCUCUCUCUAUCUAUCUAUCUAUCUAUCUAUCUAUCUAUGCAUUUCUCUCUCUCUCUCUUUCUAUCUAUCUAUCUAUCUAUCUAUCUAUCUAUGCAUUUCUCUCUCUCUCUCUCUCGUUCUAUCUAUCUAUCUAUGCAUUUCUCUCUCUCUCUUUCUCUCUAUCUAUCUAUCAUUCUAUCUAUCUAUCAUUUAUCUAUUCUAUCUAUCUAUCUAUCUAUGCAUUUCUCUCUCUCUCUCUAUCUAUCUAUCUAUCUAUAUCUAUCUAUCUCUCAUAUCAUCUAUCUGUCUAUCUCUUUCUCUCUCUCUCUCUCUUUCUAUCUAUCUAUCUAUCUAUCUAUCUAUCUAUGCAUUUCUCUCUCUCUAUCUAUCUUUCUAUCUAUCUAUCUAUCUAUCUAUGCAUCUAUCUAUCUAUAUAUCUAGGCAUUUCUCUUUUUCUUUAUCUCUCUAUCUAUCUAUCUAUCUAUGUAUGUAUAUAUCUAGGCAUUUCUCUAUUUCUCUGUCUAUCUCUCUAUUUAUCUAUGCAUCUCUCUGACUAUCUAUCUGCCUAUAUAUGUAUCUAUCUAUCUCAAUAUCAUAUAUAA